AUGAACCAAAGAAGAAUCAAACAAAUAUUUACUAGAUUAAAUCAAAGUUUGAUUACAUAUACAAUUGGACAACGUGAAGAAGGUAAUGAUAAAAAUAAAUAUAAAGUAUUGGUUUUCUAUCCAAUAAUCGAUUCUAUUUUACUUGAAAUGAAUAAUCGUUUUUUCAGUACAAAUAUUGAAAUUAUUCGUGGUAUUUCAUCAUUAUCACCUGAUAGUUCAACAUUUUUAGAUAUUGAAGAACUGAGAGCUUUAUGUACAAUAUUACAGAGUGAUAUUCAUUUAUUAAAUAAUGAAAUUCAAGUACUGAGGACAAUGUUGAAACAAUCAAAAUCAACCAAUAUAAUUGAUUUGUAUUUUGAAAUUUUACCAUUACAACAAGCAUUUCCAGCUUUCUAUCACUUCGUAUUGGUGCUAUGA